AACCAGGAACCCCACAAACAAAAAAAAAUGGCCAGAAAGGCAAAAAGGGUAGAGAGAGAGAGAGAGGGGGAGGUAUCCUAGAGUUGGGUCUGUUCUUUUUCUUGUUUCUGCGCAGGAUUAGUCUGAAUCUUGGGGAGGGUUUGCUGUUUGGAGCAACUUGCACCGAUCUUCACGGCUGAGAAGAGUUACUGGGUUCUGGGAGAGACGGCACGAGAUCUUUAAGUUAUCUCCUUUAAGGGGGAGCUCACGGACUUGGUGCUGUUCUGUUCAGAUUCUCUGCACCUGGAGAGAGAAUAAUAUAGCUCUGUCUUUACAAAGGUUUGUCUGCUGGAGCUGAAUAUUCAAGCUUUUCUUGUUCUUGAUGGGUGUUUGUUGGAGCAAUAGGAUCAAGGCCGAGACUCCUAAUCACACAGGGGUGAACUCUAAAAAUGUCAGCCAUGAUGGGAACGACUUGAGCGGCAGAAUCUCUUCUGCUUCUGGACCUCAGACUCCCCGAAGCGAGGGUGAAAUCCUUCAGUCUUCUAAUUUGAAGAAAUUCAGUUUCAGCGAACUGAGAACGGUUACGAGAAACUUUCGCCCAGACAGUGUGCUCGGAGAAGGUGGUUUCGGGGCAGUUUUCAAGGGGUGGAUCGAUGAGCAAACGUUGGCUCCUGCCAGGCCUGGGACCGGCAUGAUUGUUGCGGUAAAGAGGCUAAACCAAGAAGGGUUCCAGGGACACCGUGAAUGGUUGGCCGAAAUCAAUUACUUAGGACAGCUGCAUCAUCCUAAUCUUGUGAAGCUGAUAGGAUUCUGCUUAGAGGAUGAGCAGCGGCUUUUGGUGUACGAGUUCAUGUCCAAGGGAAGCAUGGAAAAUCACCUAUUCAGGAGAGGGACAUACUUCCAGCCACUUUCAUGGACCGUGCGGAUGAAAGUUGCCCUUGCUGCAGCUAAGGGGCUUGCCUUUCUUCACAAUGCCGAACCAAAAGUUAUUUAUCGUGACUUCAAGACGUCAAAUAUAUUGCUUGAUUCGAACUACAAUGCAAAACUUUCUGAUUUCGGGUUGGCCAGGGACGGGCCGACUGGUGACAAGAGUCAUGUAUCUACUCGGGUCAUGGGAACUUAUGGUUAUGCUGCUCCAGAGUAUCUUGCCACAGGCCAUUUGACUCCCAAAAGCGAUGUCUAUGGCUUUGGUGUCGUUCUUCUGGAAAUGCUAUCUGGCCAACGAGCAAUAGACAAGAACCGACCAGCCGGGCAACACAACCUUGUGGAGUGGGCAAAGCCAUACCUCACAAACAAGCGAAGAAUAUUCCGCGUCAUCGAUUCCCGUCUCGAAGGUCAGUACUCUAUGGAUCAAGCCCAAAAGGCGGCGUUCCUCGCACUUCAGUGCAUAGCCACAGAACCCCGGAUAAGGCCCACCAUGGACGAAAUCGUGACGUCCCUAGAGCAGCUUCAGGUGUCGAAGGGCACGAGGGGUACUCACAAGGAUCGGCGGUCAGCCGGUCGCAGAAGUUCAAAUGCUGCCCCAAGAGCCUGUAGAAGCCGCACGGAGGAAGUGUCUGCUGCUGCAUACCCGCGGCCUUCUGCUUCCCCUCUUUAUGCUUAGAGAUGGAGCGCCACUGCCAGUGUGUUCUUGAUGUUAUUCUUUUCUCUUUCUGAGUUCAGGGCAUGUAGUUUGUGUGUGCCUUCUGCCGUUUGAGCAUUGUACAGUAGUUGUCUAGGCUUAGUGUACUAGGUGCUGCCUUUUGAUUUGUCGAUGUAAGCAAGAGUUUCCGAACGCGCGGUGGUGGAGGAACAUUGUUGUAGUUUUGCCAUAGUCGAUUUGUUCCGUCGGUCUGUUAACAUAA